AUGUCUCGGUUCUUUACUGCCGGUGAUAGUUCAAGCGAAAGCAGCUCGUCUGAUGAAGAGGAGCUGUACAGUGAUCAAGAACAACAACAAGGUGAAGAAGAGGAGUCAAGUGAAGAGGAGGAAGAAGAGGAAGAUGAAGGGUCUUCUUCUUCUGACGAGGGGGGUAAGACCGGAGGCUCCAGAUUCUUGAGAGAUGCUGCUUCAAGCGACGAAAGUGAAGAUGAAGAUAAAGUCACAGUCGUCAAGAGCGCGAAGGAUAAGAGGCAUGAAGAGUUGGAAGGCAUCGUGAGGCUAAUAGAAAAUGCGUCUAAAAUUGGGGACUGGAGCACAAUAUCGACGGAAUUUGAUAGACUAAACAGACAGGUUAUUAAAAUCACUGUUUCAGAAAAGCCGCCCAAGAGCUAUGUCAAAAUCAUAUCAGAUCUAGAAGAUCUGAUGAAUGAUGCCAUUGCGAAACAAAAAGUCUCCACGAAGAAAAUGAAUGCCACGAACGCCAAAGGCUUGAAUAUUAUGAAACAGAAGAUCAAGAGAAACAAUAAGGACUACAUGACAGAAAUCGAUAAGUACAGGGAGGACAAGGCAGAUUACAUGAUGUCUGAUGAGGAAGAGGAGAUCGUUCAAGAGAAGGUAAAGAAACCUAAACAAACGUACAUCGAGUCUGGAGACCCUGGUGAUGAGGGUUACUCUACAGUGGGUCGAGGAGGCAAGACUCUACAGUAUACCCCGGAGAGUAUUCUCAAGCACCUGCGGUCCAUUGUGGAAUCUCGAGGGAAGAAGAACACGGAUAAAACGGAGCAGAUACGGAUCAUGGAAAAGCUUCUAGAGGUAGCCGAUACGCCGUAUCGAAAGAUCAGAGUCCUCAUCACCCUCGUCGCCACCCGAUUUGAUAUGACAUCUGGGUCAAAUGCAGAGUCCAUGAAACCAGAGAAUUGGAAAGCUGCUGAGCAUGAGUUCAGACUACUCCUGCAAGCACUGGAGGAUAACAGCAACAUGGUUGUUGUUGAGAACGCGGAGGAAUGGGAGGACGAUGAUAAACCUCCCCAACCUGCAGCUGGCGAAAAGCUUAAAAUACCCGGCAGCGUAGUUUCUGUUGCUGAACGCUUAGAUGAUGAGCUUACGCGAUCGCUACAGCACAUCGACCCACACACUGCGGAGUAUAUUGAGCGCUUGACAGACGAGCAAGCUUUGUACAAUGAUAUUCUCCGAGCUUUGCUGUACGUGGAAGGCUUGAAGCGAGACCCAAAGCUAGAUCAAACAGAUGAUGGAGCAAGCCGUGUGAUCAUGCGACGACUCGAACAUGUGUACUUCAAACCAGCUCAAGUUGUUCACAUACAAGAGGAGAAUGCGUGGAAUUCCAUUCCUUCGCAGUUGAACUCGACGACCACACCACGUGAAGUGGAAGCCAAUAUUGACAAGCUCGUCCAAACACUUAGCACUUUCUUAUUCAAACACAGCGCCGAUCUCAUCCGGGCGCGAGCAUAUUUGUGCCAAGUGUACUACUUCGCCCUUCACGAUCAAUACUAUAAAGCUCGUGAUAUGCUCCUAAUGUCGCAUUUGCAGGAAACCAUCGCUAAUUUUCCGAUCAAUACUCAAAUACUGUACAACAGGACCCUCGUGCAGGUCGGACUCUGUGCGUUCCGCGCAAAUCUCGUUUACGAGGCACAAAGCACUCUUCAAGAAAUAUGUGGCAGUGGUCGGCAGAAAGAGCUAUUGGCUCAAGGAGUAAUGAUUCAGCGCUACUCACAGGUCACCCAAGAACAGGAAAGGCUUGAGCGACAGCGCCAGCUCCCAUUUCAUAUGCAUAUCAACCUCGAACUCCUCGAAUGUGUUUAUUUGACCUGCUCGAUGUUACUCGAGAUCCCUCUUUUGGCCCAAACAGGCUCGUCGCCAGAUGUCAGGAAGCGUGUCAUCAGCAAGACGUAUCGACGUUUGCUUGAAUUCCACGAGCGCCAAAUUUUCACAGGCCCCGCAGAGAACACUCGCGAUCAUAUCAUGCAAGCUUCCCGCGCUUUAGCUGCGGGUGAGUGGAAGAAGUCUGUGGAUUUAACGAACUCCAUCAAAAUUUGGGAUUUAAUGCCGGAGCCAGGAAAGAUAAAGGCAAUGCUUUCAGCUCAGAUUCAAGAAGAAGGGCUACGGACAUACUUGUUCACAUACGCACCUUUCUAUGAUACGCUGUCUGUCAGUACACUGGCCUCGAUGUUUGAUUUGAGUGAACGAAAAGUGACCGCGGUAGUCAGCAAGAUGAUCUCACACGAAGACCUUGCAGCUGCUCUAGACCAAGUAAAUGAUGCUAUAGUGUUCCGAAAAGGCGUCGAACUGUCGCGACUACAAAGCCUAGCUCUUACCCUCAGCGACAAGGCCAGCGGUCUUAUCGAAUCAAAUGAACGGACCCUAGAGCAAAGGACGCAGGGCAUGACAAAUGCUUUCGAGAGGCAAGGCGGGGCGGGCGGUCGCGGUGGUCGUGGCGGGCGAGGGGGUCAGCGAGGACAAAGAAAUGAUCGUGGUGGCUCGAGGUUAGGCGGUCAGCAAUUUGGUGGUGGUGCAUUGGGCAACGCUAUUAAAGCUUGA